AUGCCUCCUCAACUACUGCCAGCCUCGGCGGCCGCCUUUGCCCCUCGAGCAACCUCGGUCAACGUUGUCUUGGGCUCGAAGGUGGAGCCCUGGUUAACACAGACGCUGAAGCGGGUAAAUCGCGUCAAGAGACCCCUCAACAGCGUGCCACAGCAUCAAAGAUGUCUGACAGAACACUUGUCGUCCGCAACGGCCAUCUGGACUCUCACUUCAAUGAUGGUACCGAAAGCGCCCGAGGCAGACCUGCGCAAAGAUGAGAACCCGCUGGUUGAAGCUCUGUUCAACUACCAGCUCCUUCACAUCGAAGCAUACAUAGUACAUGUGGACAUGGUCCUCCGGAACGAGGUCGCAUUCAAGCUCACGCCAGACUCGAUAGAAGCCCUGAUCGAAUACCACAAGGAUAUCCAUUGCGUCGAUAUCUCCGCCAAUACGUACACUUGGUCCGAGAAGGAGACACAAGUCAAGAAAAUGCACGACGAGUUUAUUCAAGCAAUCAACAAGUUCGUCUACCGGACCCAUGUUACUGCCUUGGAUGGUCUGCAAGAAGACGGUGCCGGAGAGCUUCUCGGUGGGAAGAGUGAAGAGGUCAAGACCAGCAUUAUGGGUCUCUUCCAUCCAUUGUUACCUCCCCCUCCCAGGAUAGUCGACGUUGUCAGACCACCUCCGUUGCUGCCAAACUCUGCUGUCGAAAACUGGUGGUCGCAGUCGAACCUUUCCGCCUCGGAACCCGCGCCCGUAGAGUCAUGGAGAGUCAUCCCGUCGAGUCCGAGCACGACGUCGUCAGUUGAUUCCAAUUCAUUAUGGGCCAGCAUGGGACUACACGAGGUACAACUACCGUCUCCGGCCCCAGCCUAUAGCCAGCCAUACUCGACACCAGGAUGGAUCUACUCCUCGCCUCCGAUCAGCGCGCCCACCCCAUCCCUUCCUCUUCCCAGCAUGCUAGCGCAACAACAGCAGCAACAGCAUUGCGGCGUCAGUGUGGGUUACGGCAACUUUGGGCAAAGCUGGGACAGGCACCAAGAGUAUGCAGCAACAAUGUGA